UGGCCGACCAAACAUUCUUUCUCGCCGAAGACUCGUCUGCUGCUGAAUAGCUUGUUCUGUUGUAGAUCACGAGAGCAUAUGUAUAAUGAUUCAGUGCAUCUGUCAUGGCCGCUAAUACAUUGGAGCAGAUCAAUGCUCUGCUGAUCACAGCCUCGGCUAAAGGAGAGUUGGAGCUGUUGCAAAAAGUUCAUGCCAACUUACAGUCACUGUCGCUGAAGCAUUCUUCUCCUAUACAGAAUCCAAGAGAUGAUGUAAUUGAGGAGGAGGUCAUACUUACCAUCAAUGGUCGUAGUCAAAUUUUCACAGAUCCCUUGGAAUUUUGUGGUACACAAGAGGCACUAAAUAAAUUUACAUGCUAUGUGUUUGAUCGUCGGUUUGGUUGGUCUGAGGCCAAUAGUGAUGGAGGUGGACGAGUCCGACGCAUGUCCUGUACAGGAACUGUGUUAGCCUCCAGUGAUGGUCAUCACAAGGCUGUCAUCAUUGAACUUUUGGAUGUAUUUUUGAAAUGGUACGGUCAACAGGAUCUGUACCCCUCCCUCACAGAGGCCUUCAAGUACACACUCAAACAAGUUGCAAACAUGCCAGUAGUACGAAACAGAGCAGUUGUCCAUAUAAUGGAGUGGCUCAAGGAGAACAGAGACAGUCUUGUGGACUGCCAGUUCGCUAGUAGUACUUUGGACCUUAUAAAAUCAGCACUAACCGAUGUAUGGUCUGCGAUAAGAAAUGCCUGUGCCAAACAGCUAGUACACAUCGUGGGACAUUUCAAGGUGGCAGAUCAAGGGCUACUCUUUAACAGCUUGGUCAAGAUAUGCAAGUGUGAAAACAGUUUAUGGCAAGCCAAAGAGGGUGCUAUUAUGGGCAUCAAUGCUAUGAUUCUACAGUGCCAGGAUGGAGCAAAUUCUCGGUCACAGACUCCACAGUUUGCUCUGGAGACAGACUCUCAGUCCUGUGGAAGGCAGCCAGUACCGGAGUUUGUGUCUAGACAAAUACAUACAGUGGUGUUUAGCUUACUGUCAAACCCACAACUGACUAUCAGGGAGAACGCAGCCAAAGCCCUGUCAGCAUUCAUUUCCUCUUCUGAUGUCAAGGAAGCACUGUCAACAUUAGAAAAGGUCAUUUCUGUUCUGUGGAGCGAAGUUAGCAAAAGUCAAGUAGAAAAAGACCAAAGAAAUGUGCAAUUGCCGGUAAAGUUUCUGGAUGCCUAUGCUGCAGAAGGGACUUUAGAUGUUUGUCUUUUCCUUGUAAAGGUGCUGCCCCUGCCACGCCUCCUGCCUCGCUGGCCUCAGUACCUGUCCACAUUUCUCCUCUACCUGUCUCAUCCAGCAUCUACCGUCCGUCAGGCUGCCAGUAACAUAUUCAAAUACCUAGUUGCCAAAAGUAGUCACAGUGCUGUACUAGUAAAACUAGUGCUUCAAGCUCUAACAGAAGGCUGGGAACCGGAUCUUGUUGCUCUAAGUAGAGAAGACAAAUAUGGAGAUGUAUCUAGCCAGUGUACCCGGCCAUCAGUCUCUGAGACAACAGAAGGUAGUAUCCUUGAGACAUGGGAAAGCAGAGAAGGAAGACUUUUUGCCUAUGAGCUUAUCAUGAAGUUCCUGAUCAAGAAUCACUGGCUGUAUACAUUUGGGCCUGCAGGAUCUGGGGCUGGAUUGGACUGGGGGGACAGGCCGGUAGGGGUGGACACAGACAGGGAAAUGCUGACCGGUUUGGAACAGGGACAAGAAAUCCAGAAACAGAACACAAAUGGCCAUGACCUCCUAGAACGCAGAAAUACACAGUUUGUUUUAUCAACAAGCCCUCAGGAACCAAUGCGUGUCUCCGAGUCAGAACUCUCCUUUGCACAAAUGAGGAGAAAGUACUGGAGAAAGGUUCGCUUCUUCACACAAGAUCUGUCUGGUGAAAGUAACGAAGGAAAAGCCAGUGACAGGCUAACAGGAGCAGUAAACGGUUCCGUCCCAGCACACACCUCCAAGGUCACACUCAAGGACACUAGUCCCAGUCAACUGGACACCAUCUACUCCAUACUAAUGCAAGUCAAGGUCCUGGAAACAAUGAAGGACACUGGGAAGAACCACAUCUGUACUAGUCAUCAGCGACAACUCCAGACAAUAGAGCGCUUGUUCCACUCGAAAGAUGAGAGUGCUGGGCAUCAGAUGGUAGAGAGUUGGCUACACAAACAACAGGUGUCUAGUCUGAGAUCCAGUCUCGUCAACAUACUCCACCAAACACUGGAAUGUUUAUCAGACUCGCGUUGGGAGCUUCGCCGCAUGGCGCAGCAGGUGCUGCCCUGCCUGGCAGAGGUGAUUCGAUGGUUUGACAUGAGUAUUCUGGAGGACUUGUGGAAAACACACCUGCAGCAGAAGACCAGUCUCUUCACAUAUGCCGCAGCAUUGCUUCUCAAGGAGUCUGUGAUACACUGUGUGAGACUGGAGCCUCUGCUACACAAACCGCCGGGGUCAUGGCAGGACCAUGAUGGCUGUAAGAAGAUUAUCACCAGCAUUGUAAAGAGCCUGACUACUCAGCUAAACGGUUAUCUCUCUUGUCUAGACAAUAUCAUACAACGACCUGUGUUUGACCGUCUGUCUGUGAUAGCGGCUAGCACUGUUAUCACCGCACACAACCACUUCUCUAUACACGAGGACCAGAGAGUGAAACAGACUGCUACAGUGCUGUCAUUCUGGAAGCUCCUGUUUUGUUUUACUCAUCCAAACUUACGAAUCUCAAAGGACUUGAUACAUGGCAACACAGACAUCAAGUUCUUCUCCUCACCGUUCGAGGGCUAUCUGAGUUGUUGCCUAGUGAGACCUGACAAUAAACAACAAUGUGCCAAACAGGUUGAGAAACUAUUUAUCACCGAGACUUUUCACGCCUGCAAGCAUUUCCUACAGAGCCUGCCUGUGGAGAGCUCCUCCCUCCUCCUGCCUAUGGUGGCUCACUACACCGGUAUAUUUGUGGAGGACUCACACAUUUGUAAAACAUUAACAGAAUGUUUGAGUGUUGUUGGCUCCAAGGUAGUAGGGAUUACCAUGAAAAUGGAGGACGAUGAGCAACAACAAAGCUGCCUAAAAUGUAUUAACUUGUCCUUAAAGGAACUGUCAGCCAUCAUAACAAUGAAGAGUUCCGAAGUACACCUGGUACAGAAAGUAUUAAACAUCUACAUCACCCUGUGUCAGGCCCUUAACCCAGUCAAGCACGUCCGUCUCAUCCUCGUUGCUAUUUGUUCCAGAGUUAAUGAGGAUAUCUACUUCAGUGCUGAACAUUCGCCCCGCCCUGGGGACGACCUGUCCUUACUAUCCAACAACAUUCCACUGUCCAGCAGUCCAGUCGCUGCCCACCACUGGGACCAGGAGGACACAGUCAUCUCUGGAAGUCCUGGAGUGUUUCCAGAAUGUCUAACACUUGACCUUAGCAACAACAGUGGUAGCCUCCCAUCGGGCCGACUCAGCUCGCUAAGUCAGUACAGCGACAAGGGCCGGACACGUUCUCCGACCCACAGUGUGGAGGCUGAGGAGGGGGAGCAGGAACAGCAGGGCUCGGACUGGGAUAGCUGGGAUGAGGAGGAAAAUGAGGGAUCUGAGGCGCUGAAGGAAGCAUUCUCUGAGUUCCUGAUAAAACUACAGAAAAUCUGUAAUUCAGGGUCUACAGAUGUUUUUACAUCAGAGCUGAAUAAGUUAGAGUAUCGUGAGAAAACAUUGAUUCUCGACAUCAUGGAGGGAUAACAGAUGACAGAGUAUUGGAGAAAACAUUGAUUCUCGACAUCAUGGAGGGAUAACAGAUGACAGUGUAUCGUGAGAAAACAUUGAUUCUCGAGAUCAUGGAGGGAUAACAGAUGACAGAGAAUCGUGAGAAAACAUUGAUUCUCGACAUCAUGGAGGGAUAACAGAUGACAGAUACAGACACAUACAUCGAAGUGUAUCACAGUAUACAGACGUACUUACGUAUCACUGGUACUGGUCCUAGCUGUCCAAAGAUUCAUUUUAUACUAUUGAGUCAAAAUAAUGAUACAAAUGUAGCCAUUUUUAUUAAUCAAUUUUUAAUUGUUUUAUUCUAUUAUGAAUUGUGCUUAAAUUUUUCACUUUUAAAAAAAAUGUAAGAAUAUUGUUACAACCUUUUCUCAGGUCAGCUGUGUCGUCCACAUUCCUGUACUCCAGUUACCGUCCCCGUUGGUGUACAAAGUUACGAUAUUCCUGAUUUUUGUAUGUGUCUUCUAGUCCUCAUUUUCUUUACACAAUGCUUGUCUGAUCACAUAACAUUUGUAUAAAAUACUCGUUUGUGUCAAAGAAGAUAUAUUUUUAUAAACAUGACUACUUUGUACAAUAGACACUACUGACUCGAAUUUUUCUACACAAUCAGAAGUUAUUUUCAACUUUCAUUUUAUGUUCUCCUUUAACUAAUUAACUGCCAAAGUCAUCCUCUGAAUACUGAAGACUUAUAUAUAUAUACUUCGUUAUCAAUUUGCCAUCACCGUAAGCUUUUUGGCAUUAGAUCCUGAUGUACAAAUCACUAACUUGUCCAGUAGCAUAAACAUUGAUGUGCUAAUAGUUUGUUGCAUCAAUAAAUAAUGCAAGGAUGAGAAACAGGAUUGCAUGUCUUCAUUGUUCUCAUGUGUGACAUCAGACAUGUGACUACAUCAGACAUGUGACUACAUCCGACAUGUGACUACAUCAGACAUGUGACUACAUCCGACAUGUGACUUCAUCAGACAUGUGAUUACAUCAGACAUGUGACUACAUCAGACAUGUGACUACAUCCGACAUGUGACUACAUCAGACAUGUGACUUCAUCAGACAUGUGACUACAUCAGACAUGUGACUACAUCCGACAUGUGACUACAUCAGACAUGUGACUACAUCAGACAUGUGACUACAUCAGACAUGUGACUACAUCAGACAUGUGACUACAUCAGACAUGUGACUACAUCAGACAUGUGACUACAUCAGACAUGUGACUACAUCAGACAUGUGACUACAUCCGACAUGUGACUUCAUCAGACAUGUGAUUACAUCAGACAUGUGACUUCAUCAGACAUGUGAUUACAUCAGACAUGUAACUACAUCAGACAUGUGUCCUUGUGACUACAUCAAACAUGUGACUACAUCAGACAUGGGACUACAUUAGACAUGUCUACAUCAGACAUGUGACUACAUCCGACAUGUGACUACAUCCGACAUGUGACUACAUCAGACAUGUGACUACAUCCGACAUGUGACUACAUCAGACAUGUGACUUCAUCAGACAUGUGAUUACAUCAGACAUGUGACUACAUCCGACAUGUGACUACAUCAGACAUGUGACUACAUCAGACAUGUGACUACAUCAGACAUGUGACUUCAUCAGACAUGUGAUUACAUCAGACAUGUGACUACAUCAGACAUGUGACUACAUCAGACAUGUGACUACAUCAGACAUGUGACUACAUCAGACAUGUGACUACAUCAGACAUGUGACUACAUCAGACAUGUGACUACAUCAGACAUGUGACUACAUCAGACAUGUGACUACAUCAGACAUGUGACUACAUCAGACAUGUGACUACAUCAGACAUGUGACUACAUCAGACAUGUGACUACAUCAGACAUGUGACUACAUCAGACAUGUGACUUCAUCAGACAUGUGUCCUUGUGACUACAUCAAACAUGUGACUACAUCAGACAUAUGACUACAUUAGACAUGGGACUACAUCAGACAUGUGACUACAUCAGACAUGUGACUCGAUAUGUAACUGACAUGUUAGUUGUUUUCCAUCAGUGUAUCGCAUUAAGAUUAAGUAGAACUAAGAUCAUAGUGGUGUAUGUAUAUUUUCAUUCUGAGUUACAAAUUACUCCUUAUGACCUAAUGUUGAUAUACAAAUAUCAUGCCAGUUUAUUUUUCUUUGCUUUAUGAAAUUUUAUAAAAGUAGAAUUGUUGUGCAUCAUGUUGCCUACCUUACAGUAGAAUGUUAGACAUUGAAGAAAUAUCUUCUUGUUGUCUGUGUUACCAUAUAGUGGAAGCCAAGCUUGUCAAAUAGUUUGAUAUAUAUUGUUUAUCUUAUUUGUCCAUUCCAUAUUAUUAGAAAAAUUGUUCAAUUUUAGUUUCCUUGAUUUUAUCUGUAUUUUAUGUUCCAUUUCCUGUUGCUGUAUAUAUGACAGACAGUUUCACAGCAUAGAAAUUAGAAAAGUGAUGAGAUUAGGUUUUGCUACCCACAGAUGGAAAUAAGAAUCUUGGCAUCAUCCUGUAAACAACUUCAUUGUCUUUCAAGAAGUGUUAGCAGGAUAGUGAUAGUUAUGAAAUCAUUUAGAAUUGUUGUACAGCCUUUUGUUUUUAUACGCCCGUCAAAUUUGACGGAAGUAUUAUAGUAUGGGGUCGUCCGUC